AUGCGGGAAGUAAUGAACGUUGUUGAAGAAAGUAGUUCAAAGAGUAUGGAAGUCGAUCAGAAUGAUGAUGAGGAAGGUGUGAUCGGCUGUUUGCCCUCUCAUCUAUCGCCGUACCAUCGCGCUGAAUUGGAAGCAAUCAUUCAGAGGGUCGGCUCCGGGAGCCAUGAAGAGCAUGAGAAAUUACAUGAAAGGUUCAAGCAGUUGCUCGAAGUUUAUGCGGAACAACCGAGCCUUUUGGACCCCCUCAUCCCUCCUACUGUUGAACAUUUGACGAGCCUGGUGGAUUUGCAAUCAUCGCCCGAGGAUGGACGAGGAUUGAGUCGAACGUCGGGCUUCGCACUUGUGCUUCUCGACACGCUCAUCAAAAUCCGAGGCUACAAAUUCGUCUUGAAGUUUUUCCCCCAUCAGAUCACUUAUCUAAUUCUCCUCAUCAAUGCGCUGGAGGCCUAUAACCGGGCAGACUUGGCCGGUCGGGUGCCAUUCCAUCUUCUCGAACGGACUUCCCUGAUUUAUUGGCUUUCGAUGGUCUGCAAGAACCCCUUUGAUUUCAGCCGGCUUGAUGCGCCUGACGCAAUCGGUACAACGCUUUCAAGGAUAUUGAACGUUGCUUCGCCGUUUCUGACAUCGACUACCGCGUCUAUUCAAUUUGCUGCUGCGAGGCUCAUUGCAGACUGCUUGGCUCGUCAAGAGGCUUCACAUCUUUGCCAAUCGGUCGUCGACGAAUCCGUGCAAUAUCUCCUAACUGAAAAGACGGAUCGAGUACUUGGACGUCUCGUCUUACUACUGGCCAUGUUGAAGCACACACCUCGUCAAAUAAUGCUGCCAUUUACACAUCAAAUUUCGACGGUGGUCGAGCCACUCUCCGUCAAUCUGAAGCAGAAUACAUUGGUCCGAAAAUGUGUAUGCAAGUUGAUCCAGAGAUUGUCCCUGAAUAUCCUGCCCCCAAUAUUGGCCCUUUGGCGGUAUCAGAGGGGGAAACGACGAUUGGAAGACAACUUUGCUGGUCCGGUGGUCGAUUCUGCGAAACCUGAAACGAGGCUCGAUGAAGAACCACAUGGCGAAAUAGCUCCCGAUCCGAUUGUUGAAUGGUCGUUGGGUCUUCUUCUCCCAAACCUGAACGAUAAUGAUACAACGGUUCGAUGGUCAGCUGCGAAAGGCAUUGCCCGCAUUUCGGAACGCCUACACAAGGAACUUGCCUCUCAAAUCGUCUCUUCCAUCCUGGCCUCAAAUUUUACGGACAAUGCAGGAUAUGGCUCCUGGCAUGGCGGAUGUCUCGCAUUGGCCGAGUUAUCAAGGCGAGGGCUACUGUUGCCCGAACUGCUACCCGUCGCCUUUGAAGUGGUGCUGCGCGCGCUCUUCUACGAGGAGCGAAUGGGUCGUUUUGCUUGGGGCUCCUGUGUCCGUGACGCGGCAUGCUUUGUCAUCUGGGCUUGGGCCCGUGCGUUUGCCCCGGAAAAACUUGAGGGGUUCACACAAAGAGUGGCUGAGAAACUGAUAUGCUGCGCGCUUUUUGAUCGGGAAAUUUCGGUUCGGCGUGCGGCGUCGGCCGCUUUCCAGGAGACUGUCGGCCGUAUUGGUGGAAUCACUAGCGGAAUUGCCCUGCUUUCGAUGGUUGACUAUUUUGCCGUUGGAAACAGGAAUCGAUGCUUUUCAUCUUUGUGCGUAGAAGUAGCUGAGCACGCAGAAUAUCGUCCAGUGAUCGUCCACCAUUUGAUCGAAUUGAAGGUAACACAUUGGGAUGAAACGAUGAGAAUAAUGGCAGGUAUCGCCCUCCAAGCGCUUUCAACCAGAUUCCCGUCCGAUGUUUGGGGCCCUAUCCAAGAAUCAAUCUUGCCUCGACUCACCGAGAAUGGCCCGGUUGUCCUUCAUGGCUCACUCCUCGCCGUUUCACAUACGGUGAAGGGUAUCUGUGAAGUUACUGCCCAACUAGUUUCGCCUGAAAAUGCGAAAGUCCUGAACUCGGUCCCUUCCGUCGUCCUACCGAGAAUAUCGUCCCUCAAGGGAAUUGGUGGCGAAAUGGUGAAGAAAGCGCUUGCUCAAUAUGUUUCGCUGGCAUCAUCGUCGAUCCAAAUUGACGACGAGUUUUUCGCUGAUUGGUUGACCGUCGUCGAUACAUGUUGUGGUGACGAAAAUCCGGCUAUCCGUGAAGCUGGCGGUAUAAACAUGGCGGCAAGAGAAUGGGAACGCGGCGGUGCCUGUGCUAUCCUCGAAUCGCUUCCAAAUCAGUUACAACUGGAGAAAGGCCUCGUUGACCGACUAUGCCAAAUUAUUAAAGAAACAACUCCCGUGGAUCUGAAGUGGGCAUUUGCCAGAUCGGCAGCUAUCAAGGCUGUCUCAAAACUUUGCUCUAAUGGCAGGACUUUUGUCGAUUGUUCGCUACAAUCAAUACGUCCGGCACUGUUCGACUCCUUGCUUGGAGCAUUAGACGAUUACACCGAAGAUGAGCGCGGCGAUAUCGGGCGAUUCGUUCGCACCUCGGCCAUGGAAGCCGUUAAGAACUUGGUGCUGGAAAGCCCUGGCGAAUAUUCGAAUGUGCUCGUGGAGCAAUUGAUCUGCCACCUACUUCAACAAGCCGCUGAACGAAUUGGGCGCGUCCGCGAGGUGGCUGCCGGUUGCAUCAAAAAUAUCCUUGACGGCGGUGACUUUAACAUGGCGCACUCUCAAUUGCUCAACGAAAUAUUCGCAGAACCAGCAUUGUUUAUCCAUGACAGUCAACUGUACCGGCUUCGACCUCUACUCUCGCUAGAGCCAUACUCGCAAUGGGUCCUAAAGGGAUUGAUGAUAGCCGCUGGCGGAAUAUCUGAUGUCACCUCUCAAUUCGCGCUACAAGCGAUUCACGAAUACUUGAAUGCCGCCAAUGAAGAAGAGAUCGACGGCGCCCUGUCGUUGAUUGCCAGGCUUCUCAGACCGCCCAGAGCAGCUCGGAUGUUCGUACCCUUGCUGCGUGUUGUUCAAACGGUCCUCCCACGGAUCCCGAGUGUUCUGGAGAAACCAGAUAGCUCGCGGCCGAUCCAAGACAUCAUAUUGACUUGUAAGAAGGUACUUGCCAACUCAAAGCUGUCGCCGGCUCGUGCACGGUUGUGUCUAAAUGCCGUCUCUCCACUCCUACUUUGCCCACCGAACAGUGUCGUCUGGAAAAAUGCAGCUGCUACGGUGGUCUCUGGGCUGUUCUCCGCAUUCCCUGCUGUCCGACGGGCCGCUGCAGAAGCGCUUAUCGAGACAUUGUGCACGUUGGAAGCCGUUGAUGAUAAUUUAAUUUGUCUCCUCGCCGAUACGCAAUGGCAGGACGCGAAGCCAGCAAGCAAGGGCCAAGAUCCCGAAUGGGAACAAGCUGCCCGAGAAGUACAACACAUUCUGAUUGAGAUGGACGACGAUGACGAUUAUGAGGGUUCGUUGGACGAUUCUCAGGGCCCAUCGGGACGCGGUGACGAUGAGGCCAAAAAGCACGCCAGGGCCCAACAUAACGCGCUUGAACGACGGCGGCGCGAUAAUAUAAAAGCUAUGUAUGGGUCGCUGGAGGCAAAAGUCUCAAAGGACGGCGAAAAAUUGUCGCGAGCGGCCAUUUUAAAAAGAUCGAUCGAUUCUGUAGCCUCGAAGACGCAACAGCUCGAGCAAAAGAAGGCUUUGAUCAAGGGGCUAACAGAAAGCAUAGCAAGUAUGGAAGCGCAGGGUUACGCGGUAAAAAUGCCUGAUCAGCCGCCAUUAGAUGAUGUGUUGGACGGUAUUCACACGAUUUUGGUGAGCGAGUCUUCUGGAAAAAUUCUGAUAAAGAAUAUCCUAAAGGAAUAUUACGAUUCGUAUGGCUUGGAUAUAAGCCCGAAGAUGUAUAACGCGGGCUCAAUAGAACAAUUACUACGGAAGAAGCCCGAUUUGUUCGCCAUUGAGGGUCAAUAUGUUCGGGUUGUCUCAAUUAGCAAUGAACUCGCCAACCAACGUGCCGAAAUCCAGCUUCAACAGAGCAAGAAAUCGCGAGGGGGAGGAGGAGGAGGUUCCGCGGAAGAGGUGGAUUCUCGCAAAACGCCGGAAGAGGACGCGGACAACCUGGUGCCUAUGGUGCCGCGUUUAGAAGCGCGGCUCCGCCGCCCAGCAAUAACAGUUCGAAUGGAUUCCGGAGACCGCCCUCGCCCCCUCGCAACGGCUACCAAGCAGCUCCUCAAUACAAACUAUCCCCCUGACGAAUACGAAGAGCGGGGCCCACGUGGUUAUAAUUAUGAUGAUCGCGGUGGACCGAAUUAUAACGAGGGUUUUUCGAGGGGUGAUCCACCUAGAUUCGACGAUUAUCACGAUAUCCCACCGCCGCCUGGCCUAGUUCACCGGGAAGCCGAUGACCGCCCGUAUCCUCCCUACGAUGAAGGGAGGCCGAUGAACACUACGGUCACCAGGACACAAGUGAUGCGGGGCCUUGCCGAUUACGUUCACCGCGAGGGAGGUGCUGUCCCGCUAAACCACCUUGUCGACGGAUUUAGGAGGUUCGAUAAUGGACUACACCGGGUAAUCUUUGGGAAUAUAGAAAAAAACACGGUGAAAUUCGACUACGAGCCGAUCAUUGUGUUCGUUGAAGAGAACAAUGUGAAGCUCGACCCAGGAAGCAGGAUGAUGAUCUUUCACUCGCACCUCGUCUUCAUUGAGCACAUUCCCAACCACCUCCACAUUGAAAAUGAUGAUUGGUGGCGGCUCUGGAUUGAUAUUUAUGAAUACCUCUCGGAGAACGGAGGAAAGGAAAGCUGGAAGGCAAUCACCCGUGAUUUCGGAUUCGCGGAGAGUUCGCUGCGCCUAUGGACAAGAAACAUCAUCAAGCUACAAUUUGAUCCAGAUCUGGAAGACAAGGGUCUCCGGCGCUCCUUCCAAUUCGCAAGUCACGGAGAGGGGAAGUUAGAGAUCAAGCAUGAGCACCCAACCGACCCGGGUAUUCGUGAUGAAACGCAUCGAUACCUUUGCGAUUACUUCCCCGCCGAGCUACGGGCUCCGCGCUUUCGGCCACCAUCAGUCCAUGGUUCUUCGCGAUCAGUGGAAGGUCUGCGGGAGACGCCGCCACCCGCGUCUAACGUGUCUUAUGGAUUUCCCCCGCUGGGCCAGUUCGACUUCACCCACCCAAUCCUGCGCGUGCCCGAAGCUGACUAUCCCAUGUAUGCUGAUCGACAGAUACAUUUGGAUCUGAGCCCUCCAUUCAACUUCUCCAAUUUCACCAUCACUUUGUACCUGACGGAUAGCAAGCAACGGGAGGGCUUGUCAGCGAAACUCAAGGCAUGCUGGAAACCCCCCACGCCAGCAAUCAUGGAGAACCUUCACGAUAAAGAUGCCUGUAUUCUCCGGGAAACCGACGCCUAUUAUCGCGUCUAUCUUCAAGAGAUCCGCGGCAGGAAUCAGACAAUGGUCAAAGUUCAUCUGGUGGAUUACGGAUAUGACAAGGAGGUGCGGGUUGAUCGUUUGAGCCCGUUGCCAAAAGAGCUGACCACUUUUCCGGCCACCUGUUUUCCCUGCACCAUUUGGCCGUUCGACGUGCUGGACGAGGAUUCUGCGGAGUAUUACCAGCAGCACAUUACGACCGCCCAAGCGGCGGCGCCUUUUUCAUUCAAAUUGACCGAGAUCUUAGGCCAUAUGCCGGAUGGUCGGCUCAUCGUCAAGGUCCGGCUCGGCGACAGACUGGGCGAUCUGCGACAAUAUCUGAUCAGCUACGGUGUCAUCCGCGGGAAGAAAUGGGGCGAA